AGGUGAGCGUGGUUAGUCUUCAGACAGUAUUAAGUCAGAACGCGUACAUGUUGUUUUACACCCAGAAUAAGACGGGAGCGGGACGGUCAACGACACCAAACGGAACAAGUUUGGCUAAUGGAACAAAUGCCAAGGGCAUGCCUAACGGCCUGAAGUCAGCACCUGUACAGAUGAAGAGACCAAGGAUAGACGAGGACGAAAUUGGCGACAGGGUUGAUAGGUCUUCGAUUAUCCCCAAGGAAAAGCGCGCAAAGAUUGAUGAAAUCUCGGAGUUGUCUAAGGAAGAGAGGCUGCGACUGAAGAAGGAGCGGAAGAGAGCCAAGAAACUGGAGAAUCUGAAAGCAGUAAAGUCUGGACAGAGCGACUACGACCUUGCCACGGCUCCACUACCCUCGUCAUCAUCGUCCUCGACACCCUCGUCCUCUACACUCAAACUACUUUUUGGAGCGCCACUCAGUAACGGGCCUGCGCCGUCAAAAAGCCUGAGCCCACUGGCCGAUCUGGAUACUAUCCUGAAUCAACCACCGCUGCUAUCCUCAAAGCCCAAGCCCUCGACCAUUGCCAUCCCUACACGACCCCAUUCCGACUGGACAGUUACGGAUGGAGCCAUGAAGUCGCCUGUUGCAGAAGAGCUCCGCCAGCUGAAGAUGAAUGAACAACGGAAGAAGGACGAGAGACAGGACAGAAAUGAUGACAAGGAUUCUUCGGAUGAGAUGGAACAGGACGGAUGGACUGUCAAGCCUAGGGCAGUCAGCCAAGUGAUCGUUGUCUCUCACGAUGAAUCCUCAAUCUCCAAACGCGAGAAGUUGCAGGCGCUGAUUGCGCGCGAGGCUGAGAGCAACAGCGCGAACGCCAAGGGUGCGAUGCUCGAUGAGAUUAAACAUAUGCUGGGAAGUAAGGUCUCGACAUGGGAAGAUACCAGCCAGGAGGUGACAAAGAGCCGUGAUCAAAUCCUUCGGACACUGAAGCCCAAACACCAUCGACCUGAUGCAUACGAUGUUGAAUAUGAUCGCGGAAAGGUUAAGAAGGUUAAGAACAAGCAGCUGGUGAACGGUACUGCUAUUGGAGCCAAGGUUGCGAACAAGUUCCAGUCGGAGCAGGAUGUGCGCAACCUUGUAAAGGUACGGCCGAUUCUUUCAUGGUGCUCGAAUGUCGCUUCGUAUGUCCUCGAUGAGGAGAGUCUCUAACGACUUUUUCUCUUUUCUAUAUUUGCUACUUGAUCGGUAGCCAAAGUUUGCGAAAAACAAGAACGCUGGCAAGCAGCUACCGAGCGCGCUGUAGAAACCUCUUUCGCGUCUUUUUUUUUUUAUAUCUAUUUUGUUUGUUACCUUGGGUUUUUUAUGUUGUUGCAUUUCAUCUAUUGUUGAUUAUUACAUCUCAUCUGCAUCUCUUUCUUUCAUUCUUUCGU